GCGCCGCCAUUUGCUGGUCGGGAGCGGCGGCGGCGGAGCGGCGGGGAGAGGUACCAGCACCAUGGAGUACGAACGCAGGGGGGGUCGUGGGGACCGGACGGGGCGCUACGGUGGGGGCCCCUGCCCCCCCAGAAGAAGGCUCCCGCACCCAGCGGGAUCACGAUUAUCGCGACAUGGAACUAUCGUGGCUACGGGGGCCCCCCCGAGGGGCCCCCCGCCCCUGGGACCCCCCCUCAGGCCUCCUACGAGGGCUCAGAGCCCCCCCGGAAGCGGGACCCCGCCCCGGCCCCCCCGACAUUGCCCUUCGGUGCCGAUGGUGACUACCGGGACCAGGAUUACCGUCCGGAAGCGGCUGAGGAGGAGCCGCGGGCCAGCACCAUCGUCAUGCUCCGUAUGCUGCCCCAGGCCGCCACCGAAAAUGACAUCCGGGCGCAGCUGCAGGCGCAGGGGGUGCAGCCACCGUGAGGUGCGACUGAUGCGGAACAAGUCUUCAGGUCAGAGCCGCGGCUUCGCCUUCGUGGAGUUUAACCACGUCCAGGACGCGGCGCGGUGGAUGGACGCCAACCAGCAGCAGGGGCUGAGCUUGGUUGGGGACAACGCGUCUCCCUCCACUACAGCGACCCCAAGCCCAAAAUUAAUGAGGACUGGCUCUGUGCCAAGUGCGGGGUGCAGAACUUCAAACCGGCGGGAGAAAGUGCUUCAAGUGCGGUGUCCCCAAAGCCGAGGCGGAGCAGCGGGGCCCUGGGGGGCCACGGCCGGAACUGGUACCAGGUGGGGGGGGGCUGCUGCCCCUCCCCCAACCCUAUGGCCCCACCCUGGGGGGGGCACCCAGUGGGACCCAAAGUGGGACCGAGCCCCGGAGCUGAUAACGCCAACGACACCAUCAUCUUGCGGAAACCUGCACCCCCAGAGCAGCCUGGGACUCCAUCUUGGCUUGCCCUCGCCCCCUUCGCCGCCCUCUCGGCUGCCAACGUCCGCGUCAUCAAAGACCGCCAGACCCCAACUCACCCGUGGCUUCGCCUUCGUCCAACUCGCCACCAUCGUGGAGGCUUCCCAGCUGCUGCAGAUGUUGCAGGCCCUGCACCCCCCCCUCCACAUCGAUGGCAAGAGCAUCAACGUGGAGUUCGCCAAAGGGUCCAAGCGGGAGGUGCAGGGGGCGGGGCCAGGGGAGGGCCCGCCCCGCGCCAGUGCCGCCUCCGUUGCUUCGACCGCCAUCGCCGCCGCCCAAUGGGCGCUCUCCCAGGCCGCCCCAGGUGGAGAGACCACGUGGGCUGGGGGGGAGGAGCCUCCCAGUGACUUCAGCAGCUUCUACCAAUCGGAGGAGACCUUCGCUGGCCCCACCCCUGCCCUCUAUGGCUCCGCCUAUCUCAAAGGUGCUGCGGCCCCGCCCCCUGGCCCCGCCCUGUCUGGCCCUGCCCCUGCCAAGGCUGAUGGCCCCCGCCCCAGGUGAGUGCUUCCCUCCCUCCAUG